UUUGGCUUUCAGGUGUACUUCAUUUUCUCAUUUCAUUUCUUUAGCAUGGAUAUCACCGCGUUGCACUUUGGAUAUCAGAUUUCGAAAGAAACUUUUUCUGUGCUCUGGAAACAGGAAGAUGUUUCUGUCCGUUUUGAUUCGAAUAGGAGAAGGUUGUUCUUCUUUCUUUCUUAUCUCUCUGAAGAACACAAGCUUGAACUCUCCUUCGACAGCAUUUGGCAGAUUAAGCUACAUCGACCAUGUGGCCAAGCUACAAAGUUUCUUCUCAUUCAGUUAACUGGUGCUCCUAAGAUUCAUAAGAAAGAUGUCUCUUGCGCUCAUGGACGUUAUCCGUGGCUCCGGGAAGUUGAUUUCACUCCAUCGUGCGCCAUUGGCCAAUCUUCUGCUCUAUGUUUGGAGCUUCCACAUGAGGCUCAGCUUCCAAUAUUUCUGCCCUAUGAAGAAAAUGAAGGCCAAUUUGUUCUUCAGGAAGGGUCUAGUUUCUCCUGCAAUUCAGGUCUUGUCCCCAUUGUGAAUCCACCCCCAGGGUUCAACUUGCCUUAUAAAAUCUUGUUCAAGAUCAACUCCUUAGUUCAGAAUGGGUGUCUUCCUGGGCCAGCAAUUGAUAUCAAUUUUUGUCGGUUGGUCGAUCCGAAGAGAAUAAAACUCGAGUAUGUAGAGAGUGCCUUGGAAAAACUGCAUCAUUUAAAAGACUGCUGCUAUGAGCCUGUAAGGUGGCUUGAUGAGCAGUAUAAAAGAUACGCCACAGAUAGGCGACUUCCAACGCCUCCUGCUAUAUCUUUAGAUGGUGGGUUGGUAUAUGUGCACAGGGUUCAAAUAACUCCAUCUAAAGUGUAUUUCUGUAGUCCAGAGAUAAGUCUCUCCAAUCGUGUCUUACGCAAUUAUCCUGAAGAUAUUGAUAAUUUUCUUCGCGUUUCUUUUGUUGAUGAGGACUUUGAUAAACUGCACUCAACAGUUUUAUCUCCUGCUGCAAAUGAGGACAAGCAAACUAGCAUUUAUGAGAGGAUACUUUCCACUCUAAGAAACGGCAUAGUUAUUGGUGAUAAGAGGUUUGAGUUUCUUGCCUAUUCAAACAGUCAAUUACACGAAAAUUCUCUUUGGAUGUUUGCUUCAAGAACAGGUCUUACUGCAGCGGGCAUCAGGAAAUGGAUGGGUGAUUUUAGUGAAAUAAGGAAUGUGCCAAAAUAUGGUGCGAGACUGGGUCAAUCUUUUAGCGCCUCCAGGGAAACUAUGCACGUUGGCAGGCAUGAAAUUAAGAUGAUUCCUGAUGUAAAAGCUAAAAGGCAUCGAACCACAUAUUGUUUCUCUGAUGGUAUAGGGAAGAUAUCUGCAGAAUUGGCUCGUGAAGUGGCUUCAAAAUGUGGCUGCAGAGGUUCGGUUCCAUCUGCAUUUCAAAUUCGAUAUGGUGGGUUUAAAGGUGUUGUUGCUGUUGAUCCAACAUCAUCGAUUAAGCUGUCACUGAGAGAGAGCAUGCGUAAGUAUAAUUCGCAGACCACAACCCUGGAUGUUGUGGAAUGGAGCAAGUAUCACCCUUGUUUUCUUAAUCACCAAAUUAUCAUUCUUUUGUCUAACCUCGGGGUUAGUGAUCAAGUUUUCGAAAAUAAGCAAAAGGAGACAGUAGAUAAACUGAAUACUAUAUUAACGAAUCCAUUGAGCGCACAGGAGGCACUGGAGUUUAUGUUCCCAGGAGAGAUACCAAACAUUCUAAAGGAAAUGCUAACUGUUGGUUACAAGCCAGAUGAAGAACCAUUUCUUUCGAUGAUGCUACAAGUAGUACGUGCAUCUACAUUGAUGGACUUGCGGCAGAGAGCAAGGAUAUAUGUUCCAAAUGGAAGAUCUAUGAUGGGAUGUCUUGACGAAACCAGGACAUUGAAAUAUGGCCAAGUAUUUGUGCAAAUUUCUCGUUUUAGUAAUCAACUCGCUAGCGAUUCCUCGCUCAAGUUUAGUGCCAACAAUUCAGACGCAAAUAGUUUUAUUUUUGAGGGCGAGGUUGUUGUUGCUAAAAACCCCUGUCUACAUCCAGGAGAUGUGCGUGUUCUAAGGGCUGUUAAUGUGCCAGCUUUGCAGCACAUGGUGGAUUGUGUUGUUUUUCCGCAAAAGGGAAGGAGACCGCACCCGAAUGAAUGUUCGGGAAGUGAUUUGGAUGGGGAUACAUACUUCAUUUGUUGGGACCCUGAUCUUAUUCCUCCUCAGCAAAUUAAACCAAUGGAUUACAUCCCAGCACGAACUGUGCUAGUCGACCAUGAUGUUACAAUAGAGGAAGUUCAGGAGUAUUUCUUGAAGUACAUGGUCAACGACAAUUUAGGAAUCAUUGAUAGUGCUCACAAAGUCUUUGCAGAUUGCGAGCCUCGUGGGGCAAUGAGUGAUAAAUGCAUUAAGCUUGCAAAGAAACACUCAAUUGCUGUUGACUUCUCCAAAAGUGGCGUGGUAGUCGAAAUACCAUAUCGUUCGCGUCCCAAAAAAUAUCCAGAUUUUAUGGAAAAGCAUGAUCAUAAACCCACCUAUGAAUCACAAUCUGUGAUCGGAAAGCUUUUUCGACAAGUGAAAGACAUUGCAUCGAGCACUAGCCCUAUAAAUCCCUUCACCAGGGAAGUAGCAAAGCAGUAUUAUGAUCCCAAGAUGGAAGUAGAUGGCUUUGAGGACUACAUCAGUGAUGCUUUCUAUUACAAAAGUGAAUAUGAUUCCAAGUUGGGAAAUUUAAUGGAAUAUUACGGGAUCGAAACAGAAGCUGAAAUACUCAAUGGCAACAUCUUUAAAAUGUCAAAAUUUCUCAACAAGAAGAGGGAUAUGGAAGCAAUGACUUGUGCGGUGAAGUCUGUAAGAGAGGAAGCUAGGACCUGGUUCAACAAGGGUUUGAGUGACUCAGAUUCUGACUCUGAUGUUGUACACGCAAAAGCAUCAGCCUGGUAUCACGUUACAUAUCAUUAUAGUUAUUGGGGUCGCUACAAUAAGGGAAUGGAUAGACCUCAUUUCCUUAGUUUUCCAUGGUGCAUCGGGGACAAGCUUCUCCAGAUCAAGAGGAAGGCUUCACUUACGUCAUCUCUGGAGCAUCAUUUCAGUCAUGGAUUGCAUGUGGACUGAGAUGUUUAGCAUCACAUGUCCAAAACGUUAAUUAUAGUCUCAGUAACCUAAGUACGUGAUCAUGGAAACAGUUUGAUAUUUGCUACUAUAUAUUUUACAUUUGAUGUUUGAUGUCAUUGGUAUAUGUUUGUGAUCAAUAACCUAUGCCCCAGGCAGAUGUUUGGGGCUAGGAUAUAUAAGUUGUAAUUUCUGUUGUAAAAUAGA